ACAAAGUGAGGUCACAUGAUGUCUCUAAAACGAUUUCCGUUGAACGCCUUUAUCGCAAGGACCUCACAAUAAACCCACAGACCGUGACCGCUGGCGGCGGUGUGGAGACAGGAUGACGUCAACGGCCGGAACUCCCCCCCUCAGCUCAUCUUGCUGCUCCUCAGAACCAAGGACAGACAUGAAGAGCACCCUGGCAACCAAGUCUACGUCACAGCAGCGCUGCGUGGGAAUUCUGGGAACUGGUGAGUACGCACGCGCGCUGGCCAAGCGGCUGCUGUUGAGCGGAUAUGACGUCAUAAUGGGCAGUCGCUAUCCGGACACGCGGCAGGUGUCGGUGUACGACGAAUGCCUGUGCGGCGUGCAGCUGACUUCACUCGACGACUGCAUCGCGCGCUGCGACCUGCUGCUGGCCGCCCUGCACGUGGAGAACUUCCGGUUGACCCUUGCCCCGCGGGCGGCGCUGCUGGCUGGCAAGGUGGUGGUGGACGUCUCCAACCGCCGCAACAGGUACAGCACGCGCUCCAACGCCCAGCACCUGCAGGACCUGUUGCCGCAGGCGCAGGUAGUGAAGGCCUUCAACUCCGUGUCGUCGUACGCCAUGGAGGACAGCACGCAGAACCACACGCGCGUCUUCGUGGCGGCCGAUGAACGUGAAGCACGCGAGCGCGUGCUGGAGCUGGCGCGCAACCUGGGCUUCGUGCCGUGCGACAUGGGCGGCCUGCGUGCCGCGCGCAACAUGGAGGCCUUCGUCUUCUGCGUCUUCCCGGGCUGGAAGCUGCCGCUCUUCUUGACCUUUGGCCUUUUCAACUUGUGGGCGCUGUACUGCGCCUACAUCUACUUCAUCGAGAAAACCGCCUACAGGUGGGAGCAGGUGUUCUUGAAGGUCUUCAACAAGCCGCUGUGUAUGACCGCCAUCACCAUCUUGGCUGUGACGUACCUGGCGGGGGGCAUGGCAGGUGUGGUGCAGGUGGCGGGAACCAAGUACAGGCCCUUCCCGCACUGGCUGGCCUGCUGGAUGAAGACCCGCCGGCAGCUGGGGCUUAUCUCCCUUUGCCUGGCGAUGACGCACGCCUUCAUCUCCGCCAUGAUGCUCAACGCCACCUACUUCUCCUCGUGGUUCGAGAAGCCCACAGUUACCAUUCCUGCCAACAUCUCGGGGCCGGUGACCAUCACCCUGGCGCCAACAUGGAUGACAUGGAAAGGGGAGGUUGCCUCGCUGCUGGGAGUGACGUCCAUCAUUCUUCUGAUCGUCACAGGGAUCGCGUCACUUCCGUCUGUUGCUGCGUCACUCAACUGGGGCGAGUGGCGCUGCCUGCAGUCUCGCGUGGGACUGGCGGCCCUCACCUUGGCUGUCGCUCAUGUGGUUGCCAUGGGCGCCCCAGGAUGGGUCAAGGCCGGCCCUGUGAUGGCCUUGAGGUCGAUCACCUUCUUGUCGGGGCUCCUCCCGGCGCUGACUCUGCUGCUGCGAGUGACACUGGCCGUACCCCCGCUGUCCACCCGUCUGCGGCGUAUCCGUCAUGGCGAGGAGUUCUCAGCACUGUGCUGUGGACGUGAGGUCAAGAGGGCACGACCCGCCUGCUGCUCGGCGCCCACCAAGGGGACGCUGUUCACCAACUCUCCUGCCUACUCCGCCAUUUCCUCGGAACAGGAUCUCGACAGCGACUGUGGUGCUUGUGUCAAUGGUGCCACCCGCUCGACUUUACCUACCGACAGUGUGACUGUUCGGUUGUGUAGACAACCAGGGUGUGUGAGCCUGAAACCAUUGAAACUGAAGUUUGUAAAAAGUUUACUGACACUGACAGAAUUCUGCUCGUGAGCUAUAGUUGUAAUCUGUGGGUAAAUUGACGAGGGUAAAUCACUAACAAGAAACGUGCUGGUGAGUGUUAGCUAGCAAAGGCUGAGUGUCAGGGUAGCUACUAACAACUGGGUAGGGGGGGGUAGUUGACAAUGACUCUGUGUGUGUGUUGGGGGAGGGGUGGGGCAGGUUUAUCUAGCAAGGACUAGGUGGGGUGAAAGUUAGUUAGCAAAGCCUGCUUGCCUAAGAAUAAUUAUCGUUUGAUUCCAGCAUCUGUUGUGCCAAACAUGCCUCUAGCUGUCAGCUGACUAUUCAUAAAUAAACAUAAAGUCAAAACUGUG